AUGGCAUCACUGCUACAGAACUGCACGGACAUCGAGAUGCAUCAAGAACUCCUCUCAGGCCAAGAUUACUUACUCUCUGAAGGUGUCUGUUGCAUCUUCACCAUCUUCGCCUCAACUUUAGGCAUCCUAGGCAAUGCCGUCAACAUUCAUGUGUUCCUCUCUAUAGGUCUCAAAGACGGUCUCAUGUUCUGUCUGUUGCUUUUGUCCUGUUUCGACCUGGCCUAUCUUGUGACUGUCGCUUGGCGUUAUGUUUCUUUUGUUAUGUUCGCCGUUGAAAAAGUAUCAAAGUACGGCUUUUGGUUUCCUGUGGAGCCGUAUGGAAUGUACGUCUUCGCUGGUCACGUCUCGAGAAUUCCUUACACCGCUUCCAUCUUAACCACGACGCUUCUCGCCGUCUUAAGAUGCGCCAGUGUUUCAAUGCCGAUACGAUUCAAAUAUUCCUUCAACGCUAAUUUCUUCAAAGCGUGUGUUUUAACGUCGGCGAUUUUCGCUUUUGCGAGUUGUCUUCCCGUGCUGGUUUUGAUGGGGAUGGUGAUGGAGUACGACAGCAAUGUAAACAGUUCCAGACCGGUCUUGUGGAUAUCUCCACAUCGCGAGGAAGUCGCUAAUAUAGUCUGGAGUCUCAGAGACGCGUUUAUCCCCCUUGCUACCCAAGCUGUUGUCGUUGUUUGCGUCGUAGUCAUGUCACGCUAUCUCCGAGCUUCUGCAACAUUUCGCCAUAUCAACGCUGGUCAUCCCAACAUUAAAACAACGACAACAGCAAACUCUCAACCCGGAGACCAACACACCUCAACAAAAUUAGGUGGUAAAGAGCUGCAGGUUCUAAAACAGGUGGUGCUCAUCUGUGUGGUGUACAUCGCCUGCAACACGCCGACCAUCUUCUUCAACUUCACCGGACUCUUUGUGUCCGGCUUCACCGUUCAGACGUCGUUCAACAACGUCUUUCUGCUGACGAUGGGAGUUAAGCACGUCUAUCAGUCCUUUCACGCCAGUGUUAACUUUUUCAUCUACUAUCAUUACAACUCUAAGUUUAGACACGUUUUUCUUAAGAAAUACCCAAUCAAAAUAUAA